AUGACGAAGAUGGCGAAGAAUUCGUUGACCGUUGAACAAGUUCUGAAAGAGAAGAAGACCCAUGACCCCGAUUCCGUCAAGGAACUCAAUCUUGGCUACAAAGCUCUCAGCGAUGUGUCUUGUUUGAGCAAGUUCAAAAACUUGGAGAAGCUCGACCUUCGUUUCAACAACCUCACUGAUCUUCAGGGGCUGAAGUCUUGUGUGAAUUUGAAGUGGCUAUCGGUUGUGGAAAAUAAAUUGGAGAGCUUGAAUGGAAUUGAAGUAUUAACUAAGCUUACAGUGCUAAAUGCUGGGAAAAACAAUCUCAAAUCCAUGAAUGAGAUCUCUUCUCUCGUCAAUUUGCGAGCUUUGAUUUUGAACGACAAUAAAAUCUCCUCCAUUUGCAAGCUAGAUCUACUGAAAGACUUGAACAGUCUUGUGCUUUCAAGAAACCCAAUCAGUGAAAUCGGUGACUCCUUUUCCAAGUUGAAAAACCUCUCAAAAAUUUCUUUGUCUGAGUGUAGAAUUAAAGCUAUUGGGUCUUCUCUCAAGUCAUGCUCCGAUUUGAAAGAACUACGACUCGCCAACAAUGAAAUUAAGGCUCUCCCUACAGAACUUGCACUCAACAAGAGACUACUGAAUUUGGAUGUGGGAAACAAUAUGAUCACGAGUCUCUCUGGUGUAGAGGUUUUGGGUACACUUUCUUGCUUACGAAACUUGAAUAUUCGAGGAAACCCGAUCUCUGACAAUGAGAAGACAGCUAAGAAGGUGAGAAAGUUGCUCCUCCCUUCAGUGAAUGUAUUCAACGCUAAACCCUUGGAGAAAAGCUCAAAGAAAUCAAAGCACGCCCGUUUUGAUUCCGACGAUGAAACCUUUGAUACUCCUCCCAACAAUUCAGCAGAAGAAGAUCGAAAACGUAAGAAGAGCUCCAAGGGAAACAAGUUGGAAGAGGAGGAGGAAGAAGGAGAAAAUGCCAAUGAUGAGGAUAACAAGAGCAGGAAGAAGAAGUCUAAGAGCAACCCAAGUUUAGAUCAAGUUCAAACAGAGAAGAAGGAAGAACAUAAAAAGAAGAAAUCACCGGGUAACAACAAGGACGACGAGAAGAAACAGAAAAGGGCUAGUCCAGAGGAUGAACUCGAUGUUAUUGAUGAAGCUGAAACUUCUCUCGCCCAAAUAUUUUCCCGGGACAAUGUGACAAAGGGUUCUGGAGAUGAUGUUGAGAAGAAGAGGAGAAACAGCGUGCAAGAGACGGGUGUGGUGAGAGUGAUAGAUUCUCAAGAUAACAAGAAGAAGAAGAAAACGGGAAAGAACAAAAGCAAGAGUGCAGUGUUUGAGCUCCCUGCGGCAGUUGAAAUCGGAUUGGGAGGAGAGUCAAAGUGGGACUAA